AUUUGAGAUGAUGAGCUUCUAGUGUUUGGGAUUGGAGUCAAUGAGAAUAAAAAUAAAUAUAAUAACAUCUUAGGGCACUUUAUUAGGUCCUGGGUCAAUUCCCUAUACUUUCUAGGGCUGGAUGGGGUUCGUGCAUCUCAAGGAUCUGGUAACUCCGCAGGAUGUGCUCAACGACCGGAGCUGGAAGAUCAAGGAGCUGGGUCUUCCUAACUACUGGGAUGAUCCCGUGGGCUUCCUGACUGGCUACUUAUCAAUACUGAUUCGCAACAGUGGAGAAUUCAAGGGCACGCGAGAUGGCGCUGUCGUCCUCCUCUGUGGCCGCACCCCUUACGACAUGUACCAUUGCCUGGACAAGGAGAUGAACAAGAACGAUGGGCCUUACCUCCUCUUCGGCAUGCUCCUGUCCAGGGGGUUUCGCGUCACCUUUUACAGGUGGGAGCGGGCUGGCGAUGGCGAGGGGGUGCGCAAGGACGUGUGUGAUAAGGCAUACAAUUUCAACAUUUCGGCCGAGGUUCGCCACGUGAUCGGGCCGACCAUCCGCGGGAUGCUGAAUACCGUCUACACCGGCCCUUACGUCGAUCUCCAGGUGCUCAAGUCUGGAGUUGACACCGAGCUUAUCCAGCCGGAAGACUACGAUCUGUUUGCGGACUAUCCAAGUCGCCGUGUUAUUCUGGUGUGAAGUGUGUGCUUGUGCAAGGCUUUCAAUUUGUCCUUUUUAAUUCAAGAUUUCAUUCAUUCAUGGUUU